GGAGCGUUGUCAAAUGACAGAGGUGAGCAGACGCCUAGCUGUCCCCGCUGCCAACUGGGCCGACCGAAGUCGGUGCUCGUACCUCCCGCUAGGUUGCAAGGGAUUGAAACCUUGCUAGAGUUUAGAACCACCUGUAGCACGCGGAGCGGCUUCAACCUCUUAACUGACACUUCCUCAAUGCUACCCCAUACUCAGUAGAACCCCAGUCCCCGCUUGUGGAUUCACCGUGCGGAGAUUUUCUAAAAGCUCAAUCGUUAUACCUUUCCAAGUGUUUUUAUCAACGUGUUCUGACGAUUCUUGAUGACAUAGAUCCAUCUAUUCACUACUUCGUUUUUCGACGGGGUCUCUUCGUUUUGCCUUUUGGUUUCUUAAUUUCCAGAUAAGGAAGGCAGAUUCUGAGAUCAGGAUUUGGAAAAGACGAUCGUACCCACUCUUGGUGGUGUCCACUCUUGUCCAGCUAUUUUCCACACUGUUUCGGCUAGCUCUUUAUCUCCGAAUCCUUACAGUUGAUGAAGAUGUGUUUAAUCGACUCGGUUCUAACCGAUGAUAUCGCUUUUCGCCAAAGGCUGGUAAGUUAAGUUAGAUACACCCAAUUCAGAGAUACUCUUCCAAGUUCCAACCUGCAGGUCCUCAUGCCUCGCAAUCUAGAUCGCGCAUCACAUCUUUGUUGAAUCACCAAUGCGCCCCUUCGGCCGUUGAAGUCGUCAAGGUAUCGUUAUGGGACACCGGACAUCGUUACUCCAACUCAUGCUUCAUAUCUGGAGUGGUCCACGUCCAAUCCCUACACACUUUCCAUCCAGUUGACAGCUCCUAUUUGGGGUUUGUUCUCUGUCUUCGUGCGUUAAACGAAAGUGUUCCGACUAUAUAACAACACUACAAUUAGUACAAACGUAGUUGCUUCAGUCUUGUUUCCUGUUGCUUUCGGUCUUCCUUUUGACUGAUUCCUCCUCCUUCUUUUCCUUACGAAGAGCUAUCGAGGUGUUUCCUACAUAUGUGUGUAACUUGCUUACCCAAGUGACGUAGAGCAACAGAUAUCGCUCUUCCACUGCUGAUUUGGAAUAUUUACGUGAUGGCAUCAGUUUACGCUGUGGCCUCACCCUUGCAGGCAGUACCGACUAGAACUUGCAACCACACCACUUUUUGCCAGAUAUCAUUUUCGUGUCUCCUGGAUGGAAGCCGAGGACCAUGGCAGACCUGAGGCCACUAGUGCUGACAGCGCUUCUUGGGACCAACUCGACUUCUCAGAUCUCGAUGAAAGCCUCGACAUUGGAUUGUCAGAAUCUCAACUGCGGGAGGAGUAUGACAAUGAGGAAAUCGAACGAUUUUUAAGUCUAUUUGCUGCCAACGUUACUGAAGUUCAUAUACCCCUGCCUCGAGGGACCUGGUCAUCGACACCCGAUGUCAAUAGCGAAAUGAAGGGGGCAUCUCGUUCAUUCAGUGAAGAAUUAGCAGCACGGUAUCUGUUGCCGUACCUGCCUCCGUCUCCACCCCAUCCUCCUCCAUUCACCCUUGGGCGCCUUCGGCUUGCAACUCAGAGACUACACUUGUCGACAAUCCCUGUGUAUAUUCCGUUCUUGCAUAGGCUGUUCAAACUAGCCAUCUGGGAAGAAAAGCAAACGAGCGGUUUCUAUUGCUUGAUUUAUUGGGUACUAUGGUACUACGAUCUAUUGUUACCUACCCUGAUCCUCCGGAUACUCUACAAUUUGGUCCGACGUAGGAUAUUUCCCUACCCGACUGCUACAGAGUUGAGGGAACGACAGAUUGAAAUUGAACGGGCAAAGGAAUUGGGUGAUGAGGUUUCCGCACGUCUUACAUCCUCAUCGUCUGAUAUCUCGGAGAUGUGGCGACUAUUCAGAUUAAUCACAAAGUCGGUGAAAUCCGAUGUUAGAAACCAUGAAAAGGUCAAGGACAAGUACAAAAAUGGAAAAGAGAAAGGAAAAGGAAAAGGAAAAGAAACAGCCUCCAGUGAUCGUUCGGAUGUUGAGAUAGACAUUUCUACGGUGCUGGAUAACCCCAUGGAAAAUCAGCAGGAGAGAGACUUGAAACGUUCCAUCUUGCAGUGUGCAAGCUCGAUCGCGGACUUCCACGAGCGGAUACAUAAUUUGUUCAUCUGGCGGCGAACCAAAGCUUCCUUUCAUUACGGGGUGUUGAUGGUCAUAUGUUUUUUCCUAACAUUAUUACUCCCGACCCGAUACAUCUCAAAGCUAGUUUAUCUCGUCGCAGGUAUACUUUUUUGGCAUAUCGUUCCUGUCAUCGCUGCUUUGCCGUACGAAGAUCGAGCCAGACUACCUCCCCCUCUUGCUGACGUCCCUACAGACGCUGACUAUGCCAUGGAGUUGAUAUCACAGCGUAUCAAUACUGGUUUGGAUGUGAAGCCCCAACACAAGAGGCACAAAAAGGAGUCCAAGGUCAACGACACCAAAAUAACAAGUCGGUCACUCUCUGGGCCCGUAGGCGCAUCCAACACGGACAAGAGUAUAAAUUGGAAGAAAUGGGGUGAACGGGCUGCGAUAGGCAAGGCGUGGGCAGUCGAUAACAAACUUAUUGGCGGUAAUAAAGAGUGGCCACAGACGUCUAAUGCUCCUCAGGCACCGUUAGUACCGUCUGCCGCAACAGCAGUCGGGCAGCUCCUAUCACCUGUCGAGUCUCAUGCUUUUCCAUGUCAGCAUUCGAACGGUCCCGGUCUCAUCACAUUAUCACCCGCGAUCUUUUAUUUUACGCCCUUGAUGGCUCCGCAUCCAACAGUGGCGUUUCCGCUGACUUACCUCAAGGUCGUGAAGAAGAGUGGGUUGUUCAAGGGAUUGACCUUGAAAUGGACCGAUACACAAGAUGGGGAAAAUGAGCAUGAGGAGAUCUUCAAGUGGGUCGGAGGACGUGACGAAUUGUUCGCCAGACUCGUAGGCUCGGACGUUGGUAAAUGGAGAAGGGCUUAGAUAUAUUCGAAUGUUUGAAUGUGCUUAUAUGAAACUUGACAGGAGUACGGAUAUUCUGAAUGGACUGGAAGUUUAAUAAAGUAAUAAAACAGUAUCUUUAUCGACGAAUCGAUAUGGAUUUGGACACCUGGAGUUCUAAUCAGCUUCGGGUGUCAACUAGAAGA